CCUACCAAGCAUGCGCUUCCUCGCCAGCCUAUUUCUCCGCUUCCCUCCUUCAAAACCUGUCUUAAGUUCCGUUCAAGUUUACUAGAAGCUCCGCUUAAAACCGCCCGCUUGGGCCUUUAAUAGCCUCAGAAAUGGCGGUCAAUUGAUAAUGUUUGCUCUGACCUUCACGGCUGCCUUUCUGUAAGGAUUAUUUCCGCUAGCUUACUCGCACAUUCAACUCAGCCAAGCAUACAACUCCACCCGGUUGCUACGUGAUGGGUGAUGAUGACCUCAACUCAUUGUAUCGCCAUGAAGGGUUACGGUGUGCCACAGCACAUGGCCGCCAUCCACACCCACGGCCCCAGUGCCGUGCAUCGGCGCUCCUUUGAGCCCGUCAAGUCCAUGACGGGCUGGACUCGUGAGAAGCCUGUGGAGACGGAGGCCGUGGACGCCAAGAAGGCAACUGCUGGGAAGGCUACUACUGCACGGAAGCGCAUGCAGUCAUCUGUGGACGCUGUGGUCGUUGCUGCACCUGCACAAAGCCAGCGGAGUGGCAAGCGCUCCAAGCGCAACUGAGCUCCUUAGCUUAGUGAUGUCCACGGCCGCCUCCAGCUCCAGGUGUGGAGCAAGCACACGGCUGUCCCAGGCGUUCCUACGCCUAGCCUGGUAGUUUUCUUGUCCAAAUGCCCUUUACACAUGCUGUACAUGUGUAACAGAUGCAUUGACUUCCAGUGCAAUCUAUAGAUGCAAUGGUUGUUAUUGCUUGCCUCUUAUGGCAGGUGUGACGGUGGGGGGGUGGGCUUGCGUUCAUUGUAGGGAAGGGACUGUCGCCCAGCAUGUGGAUGGUGCUGAUAAGCACUUGGAUAUGGGAUGUGUAUGGGGAACUCCAAGUUAGGGCUUUCGAUGUUACUGAUACUGCCAGUAUGAAGGAUGCGGGUGGGGACUAAACAGCCACAAGUACAGUACUACCAGCACAUGAUCAUAGUAGUGAUGAUGGGCUCUCAUACCGUACAGUGCCCUCCACAGGUGCGACAUGCCCCCAUGGUACUAGGGCCAUCUGUGGCUCUCGCCAACACGGCGUCCCCACACGCCGAAGCAAUGUGUUGAGUUUGCGCCUAGAACAGACGACCACUCAGGACGGUGUAAGAGGGCUAGAGGGCUAGUGCUGAGACCGGAUCAACUCAUCUAGCUCCCUACGUCAACGGACCUAGUCCAGACGGCUGGGGAGGACAGCAUCAACCUGUCCUCCAGACUCUGCACACACACGCUGCGGCACACACACGCCCAAUCACUCGCUAUCGCUAUCCAGGCACUGCCAUCAAUUCGGGUCAAUCCAGAGACGGCCUGCCCAGCGCAUGGCCAUGGCGGUGAUAAGUGGUGAUGAGGCGGUACGUUUGCAGCACAAAGGUCGGCCAGACCGUUCGUAAGUCGGGGCAGACAGCAGCACUGUUUGUAUCUUGCUGCAGUGUUCGGUAGGGAAAGUUCCAAAGGACGUGCAAGGGUUUGCAAGGUGUGAAGUGCAUAGGACAAGGAAUGGCGGGCCGCCACCAUUGCGCUGGCCUUAGGGCCAAGCUUAGGGCUCUUUAGCCGCCGACCAAGCAGCACUUGUAUCAUGUAAUUACGGUAUCCC